AUGCGACAAGUCAAUUCCCUCUUGCGCCCGUAUAUCUGCCCGUCGUGUCGACGCGGCUCACAGUACAGAGGCCGACGCACUCUGUCAUCUCUUGCAGAGACCCCAGACGUUUACGAUGUCGUCUGCGUGGGAGGCGGCCCAGCCGGUCUUGCCCUCGCCGCAGCUCUCCGAGCUUCACCGAUUACAUCCAAGCUGCGCGUCGCUCUAAUCGAAAGCCAAGACCUCUCCAAAUCGCGUAGCUGGAGCUUGAAACCCGACGAAUACUCCAACCGCUGCAGCAGCCUGACACCAACCUCGGUGGCGUUUUUGCAGAAAAUUGGUGCGUGGAAACAUGUCGACCGCUCGCGCGUGCAGCAGUACCAUGAAAUGAAGGUGUGGGAUGGCCAGACAGGGUCGAAGAUAUCCUUUGACUGGUCGGUGGAUACCUCGCCAUUUGAGGAUGUUCGGUCCGUGGCUACGAUGACAGAAAACGCCAAUCUCGUUCGGGGGUUGUUGUCUCGUAUUGGGGAGGUUGAUGACGAUGGUCGUCUGUCUAUAUUUUCCAAUACCACGGUCUCGUCUAUUGAGAAUGGCUCGAAGAUAGUCGAGGAAGAAGGAGAUGGCCCAGAUCUGUCCGCAUGGCCGGUUUUGUCGCUGUCGAGUUCAGUUUCUCCAACCCCGAAAAAGCCAAUCGCUGCGCGCCUGCUGGUUGGUGCUGAUGGGAUCAACAGCCCGGUACGCUCGUUUGCAGAUAUCACGACUAAUGGUUGGGAUUACGGACGCCAUGGAGUGGUUGCUACUCUCUCUCUCGCCGAAUCCGCAGCAUCUUCUCUCCUUCCAGACAGCCGCACAGCAUACCAGAGAUUCCUACCGUCUCUCGGCGGGCCAAUUGCCAUUCUACCCCUACCCAACAACAAGGCGUCGCUGGUGUGGUCGACCAAGAUGGAAAACGCGGUAUACUUGAAGUCUCUCCCGCAGGAAGCUUUUAUUGCCAUGGUCAACGCAGCGUUUCGCCUCUCAAUGGUCGACCUAGGCUAUAUGCUCGGCCUUGACCCGGCCGCAAAAUCCGACAAACCGACCUCAUCUGGCAACCUGCUAAGCCAACAUGAAGACGAGCUCAACUGGCGCCUGGAACACAUUCCUACCCAGCCACCAUCCAACCUGCCUCCGCUCGUCACCGCCGUCCAGGACAAAACCGUCGCAUCCUUUCCCCUGCGAUUCCGACACGCCUCAUCGUACAUCUCCCCCCGCGUAGCUCUAGUCGGUGACGCCGCGCAUGUCAUCCACCCACUUGCCGGCCAGGGCCUGAACUUGGGCAUUGGCGAUGUCGCCGCGCUGACCGAUACAAUCGAAUACGCCGUCAUGCACGGCAUGGACAUUGGCGACCAUCUGAGUCUGGAAAAGUACAUGGCCGAUCGGUACCUAACCAACGCCAAAGUCGGCGGAAUGUGUGAUGUCCUACACAAGCUGUACAAUGUCCCCGGCAAUGGGCCUGUGACGUGGGCACGUAGUUUGGGAUUGGAUGUCAUUGACAAGCUGCCGUGGGUCAAGGGGUUUAUUAUGAAGCAGGCUGAAUGA